AUGAUGAAUAUCUUACGAGAACAAUUUAAGAAAAGAUUUCGACAUAAUAAAAAUCGCUCUUUCGACAUUCCAUUAGAUGAAACAGGUGAAACAUUGCUUCCAGAUAAUCAUAUACAGGUAUCUUCACAUCGUCGAUCAAUUAGUAAAUGUUUGAUUCGAUUACGUCAUUGGAUAAGCACACAUAUAUGUUUAUUAAUUAUGAUAGUAUUUAUUUGGAUUCCAAUUUUACUUUAUUUAAUUUUACUUAUUCUAUCGAAAAGUCAAGCAUUUAUUCCAAAAGAAUUUCAACAAAAUCAUCAUCGUCUUCUAUUAAUUGUAGCUCAUCCCGAUGAUGAAGCUUUAUUUUUUUCACCAACCAUACGCAGUUUACAAAAACAAUCUCAUAUUAAUUUAAGUUUAUUAGUCUUUUCACGAGGAAACUAUACCGGUUUAGGUCCUAUACGUGUCAAGGAAUUGAAUGGUUCAUGUCAAGUAUUUAAUUUUCCACAAGAUCGUUGCAUAUCAUUAGAUUUACCUGAUAUACAAGAUAAUCCAAAAAUAUGGUGGCUUGAAGAAAGAUUGAUUUCUGUUAUAGACCAAUUUAUUAAUAAAUGGUCUAUUGAUGUACUUGUGUCUUUUGAUGGCACAGGUGUAUCCGGUCACAUUAAUCAUCGAGCCGUGGGAUCUGCCGUUCGUGUAUUAACAAUCAGUAAAAUUAAUUCAAAGAUUAAAAUGUUCUAUGAAUUGAAAUCUGUUUCUGUUCUCCGCAAAUAUUCAUCAUUACUCGAUGUGUACAUAGUAUUUAUUACAUUUACUCCAUAUCUCAUGCAUUUAUUAUUCUCACAUUUAAUUCCAAUAUCAUCACCAAACGUAUCAUCUAUGCUUCUCAUUAAUACACCAGAAGAUUAUAUGGUAUCACGAGCUGCUUUUGCAAGUCAUAAUAGUCAAUUUAGUUGGGAUAGGUAUGUAUAUUUAGUUGCAAGUCGCUUCAUGUUUAUAAAUGAACUAAAAUAUAUCGAUAAAUGA